UUCAGGGCGAAAAUCUGCUAGACAACCGGAUGCUUCAUUUGUGCCUAAUCGCUUCCCCGUACCAUCUCCUCAUCCAAGUGAUGCUCUGGCAUGCACUUUUAAUCGUAUUCGUAACGGUAAUCCCUGGCCAACCGUAGUCUGUGAGGUUGCCCGAUCCCAAAGUCUUCCACAUAUACUCCAGAAAACUAAUUUGUUCUGGUUAGCCCCAAACCGGUCAGAGGAUGUGAUAGUACUCAAACUGUGGCCAUGGGAUCGUAGGAAGGAUACAGAUGGGCGACCAUUGCGUCGCUUAACAUGUUAUAAGUUUUGUCGUCGUGCAAACCUUCAAGCAGAUCAAGCCCAAGGAAGGUUCCAGCCAGUCCAAACGUACGAAUUUGGGACCAUUGAUAGACAUCAAAGAAUUUCUAAUGGUUGCUUAGCCCAGGGAAUGCUUACUGUAACAAUUGCGCCAGAAUGUGUUUAUGAAGGUUGUACUCCACCGUAUCCGCUUGCAGAGAACGUAGUCAUCGAUUUAUUUAGUAUUCAGCAAGCAAUUUUUCGUUAUCAAGGACAAUAA